AUCACUUGCUCAUUCUCAUUUUUUUCACUUUCAACUCCACAUCUCUCUCUCUCCCUCACUUAUCUCUCUCUCUCUCUCUCUCUCUGAAUCUCUCUGUCUCUCUCGCCAACUCUCUCUCGAUGUCGUAUCUUCAGGUCCCAAUGAGCCACCAGGAUAUGAUAAACGGAGUGGGUGUACUGCCCGUGAGCACCCCAAACUGGACAAUCAAUGUUUCAGACAUAAGGACAGUUAAAGUCAGUAAUGUUUCGUUAUCUGCUACGAAGAAGCAUAUCAGUGAUUUCUUCUCGUUUUCUGGUGAUAUUCAGUUUAUUGAAUUUCGAAGGGAAACUGAAAUAACUACACUUGUUUAUGUCACAUUCAAGGAAGCACAGGGUGCAGAUACUGCAAUUCUUAUGUCGGGAGCUACCAUUGUUGAUCGUCCAGUCUCCAUAACCCCUGCCGAGAACUACCAACUGCCUCCAUAUGUUCCUUUGCUGACUAUGGAGAAGAAGACUACUGAUAGUGAUUCAGCUUUUCAUAAGACUGAAGAUGUGGUGAGCACCAUGCUUGCCUUGGGAUUCAUCUUGGGAAAAGACACCCUGAGCAGAGCAAAAACAUUUGAUGAAAAGCACAAGUUGACAUCACAUGCCUCAGCCACUAUAGCUUCCAUUGAUCGCAAGAUCGGCCUGAUCAAGAUGUUAAGCACUGGGACAGCUGCUUUGAAUGGAAAAGUGAGAGAAAUAGAUGAGUGGUUCCAACUGUCUGAUAUGACAAAACAAGCACUUUUGGCUGCUGAACACACAGCUAGCAGUGCUGGUUCUGCCAUCAUGAGAAAUCGCUAUGUUUCUACAGGGGCUUCAUGGGUUUCAAGCGCUUUAAGUAUGUUUGCAAAGGCAGCUGAGGAUGUAAGCUUGAUGACUAAAGACAAGGUUGAAAAGGCUGAUGAGGAAAAGAAAGAGACGCUUUACAGAGAGCCAACUGUGGUGAAUGACUAUGCACGGUUCCAUCUUGACAAGUCUUCCACUGCGGAGCUUACUGUGGUGUCUGUUCAUACCACUAUCUGAUAGACUAAGCUAGGAAAAUAGGAAAUAUUUCAGUUCUGUUAUUCACGUAAUGAAUUUUUUGAUUUUUUCCCACUAUGUUUUACGUUUUCCACUAAAAAUUUACUUGAACCUGAUGCUGUUGUAUGUAAUACGAAUAUUGUAACUUGUUUCAGAGACAUCAGUUGCAUUGUGAUAAAGAUGUACGAACUUGGUACACUUCUUUCUGUUGUUCCUUUAAAUGAGGUUUACGAGUGAUAUUUAUAGUAUUAAUU